ACUUCAGCAAAAAUAUAGCAGUCUGACAUUGCUAUUCAACGUGUAUUGACAUAAGGUUAUGAAAAUGGUACAUUAUUUAUGACACAAAUCAGUCACAUUCAUUGACGUGGUGUGAAGUGAAAAUUAAGUGAUGAGGAUGUUCUUUGAAAAUUAAUUUUUUCACGUGUGUUUUCAUUUAAAUAAGUAAUUUUUUUACCUAGAAUAAUGGCAACUCAACUAUUCCGAAGUUAUGGUGAAUUUUGUGCUUCUCAUCCAUGGGAAGUAAUCGUUGGCACAUUAACACUUACAGCAUGCAUGCUAACAUUAGAUAAUCAACAGACAGUAACAUCAUCCUCAUCAGCCACAACGAAUGCAGCUUGUCGCGGAUGUUUUUGGUUACAAGAUACAACAAAUAGCGGUAGCAGUAGUCUAUCAUCCGAUCAACAUAAUGCUGCCGAUUUAAUUGUAAUGACAGCGAUACGAUGCCUCGCUGUACUUUACAGCUACUAUCAGUUUUGUUCAUUACAUAAAUUAGGCUCAAAGUAUAUCUUAGGUGUAGCGGGUUUAUUUACAGUAUUCUCAAGUUUUGUAUUUACGUCAACAAUCAUGAAUUUCUUCCGUAGCGAUGUAGCUGAUUUAAAAGAUGCGUUAUUCUUCUUUUUAUUAUUAAUCGAUAUCUCUAAAAUAGCAGCGUUAGCUCAGUUCGCGAUGAGUGCUAAAAGUCAAGAUGAAAUUAAGAGUAAUAUAUCACGAGGAAUGGGUUUGCUCGGUCCAUCGAUUACGCUAGAUACGCUUGUUGAGACUUUAGUGAUUGGAGUUGGUACACUUUCUGGAGUACGUCGAUUAGAAACUUUAUGCUAUUUCGCUUGCUUGUCAGUGUUAGUUAAUUAUCUUGUAUUUAUGACUCUUUAUCCAGCAUGUUUAUCGUUAAUAUUAGAGUUAUCGUCGGGAACUGAUUAUUCUUACCUGUAUAAUGAUGUCAGCCGAUCUCUGUUUUCAACUGUACGGGAAGAGAAUCAAAAACCAAAUUUGGUUGCACAACGAAUUAAGCUAAUAAUGUCAGCUGGUCUUAUGUUAGUACACGUCCAUAGUCGGUGGCUGUUAGUAAAUGAACCUGCCACUGAUAAGACAACAAUUAACACCGAAUCAAUUGAAAUAUUAAAUCAAAACACCACCGAGGAAGUGGUAUCAAUGCAGAAUUGUAUUAUGAAAUGGUUGACAAUGAGUGCGGAUCACAUUGUCAUACUAAUACUCUUACUUGCAUUGGUCGUUAAAUUUAUAUUGUUCGAGGCUAAAGAUAGUAUCGAAACUAGUAUACGAACAUCUGUUAGCGAUGCAUCGAUUAAGUCUCAUAAAUUAGUUCAAACUGAUGAAGAAAUUCGAACCAAUAAUGAUAGCGUUGUAGAAGAAAUAUCAACUUCGUCAGAAGAGGAGGUGAUUCCGACUCCUCCAGAAAAUACGGAGGUCAGAGAAUUAAAUGAAUGUAUUAGUAUUUAUAAAUCAGGUAAACAUUAUGAAUUAAGUGACGAGGAAAUUAUACUCUUAGUUGAAAAUAAAAUAAUAUUAUUACAUAAAAUUGAAGAUUGUAUAAAAAAUUAUGAACGUUGUGUAAAAAUACGCCGGUUAAUUUUAACCAAAAAGUUACCAGGUAGUACCCAAAGUGAUGUUUUAAAAGGUUUACCAUAUCAACAUUACGAUUAUUCACAAGUACAUGGUGUAUGCUGUGAAAAUGUUAUCGGAUACAUGCCAAUACCAAUUGGAUUUGCUGGACCCUUAAAAUUAGACAAUCAAACCUUCCAUGUGCCAAUGGGGACCACUGAAGGAUGUUUAGUUGCAAGUACAAAUCGUGGAUGUCGUGCUGUUUUCAAAAAUGGUAUUACUAGUCGUGUGGUUGCCGAUGGAAUGACUCGAGGACCAGUAAUACGUUUCCCAAAUUUAUCCCGUGCUAGUGAUGCAAUGGCCUGGAUGGAAAAUAUCCAAAAUUUUGAGUUAAUCAAAGAAAAAUUUAAUUCAACUAGUCGAUUUGCUCGGCUUAUGAAAAUACAUAUACGUAUUGCUGGAAGAUAUUUGUUUGUAAGAUUUGUAGCUCGAACUGGAGAUGCCAUGGGAAUGAAUAUGAUUUCAAAAGCUACGGAAACAGCUAUUUUAUAUAUUAAACAACAAUAUUUCCCUGAUUUGGAAUUAUUAAGUUUGAGUGGUAAUUUUUGUUCUGAUAAAAAACCUGCUGCAGUUAAUUGGAUUGAAGGACGUGGUAAAUCCGUGGUAUGCGAGGCUGUUGUGCCCGGUGCAGUCGUUAAAUCUGUAUUAAAAACUUCGGUACAAGCGUUAAUCGAUGUAAACAUAUCAAAAAAUAUGGUGGGCUCAGCAAUUGCUGGAAGUAUUGGAGGCUUUAACGCACAUGCUGCAAAUAUAGUGACUGCUAUUUAUAUAGCAACUGGACAAGAUCCUGCACAAAAUGUAGGCAGUAGUAAUUGUAUGACGCUAAUGGAACCAUGGGGUGAGGAAGAUUUAUACGUUUCAUGUUCGAUGCCCUCAAUUGAGAUUGGUACGGUGGGUGGAGGUACCGGUUUAACAGCACAAUCAUCUUGUUUAGAUAUGUUAGGUGUAAAAGGUCCCAACAUUGAGAAUGUUGGAGAGAAUGCUAAUCAAUUAGCACGUAUUGUGUGUGGUACAGUUCUAGCUGGAGAAUUAUCAUUGAUGUCAGCGUUGAGUGCUGGACAUCUCGUAAAUAGUCAUUUAAAACUAAAUAGGAGUAGUACAACAACUAGUACAACAGAGAAUUGCUAAUAUUUAUUUGAAUAGUUUAAUUAUUGAUUAGUAUUUAUGUGCGUUUUAUAGACACUUAUAACGUUUGUUAAUUACUUAAAAACUAAUUUCUUGUUCUGUUGUCAAAUCAAUUAAGUGUUAUCUAUUGUUUUAUAUUAAAAAGAGAAAAAAAAGAAAUAUUCAUU